UGUCAAAGUAGCUGUCAAACAAAUGAUAUACGUGAAUUUCGCUUUUUGUUACUCAAAGAAAAUUAAAUAAAAUCGUUCAAAAUGCCUGCUGGAACGUCUACAAUGGAUCCCUUGAGAGAAAAAGCAUUUCAGGAUUACCGGAAGAAGUUGAUGGAACACAAAGAAGUCGAAUCGCGGCUCAAAGACAUGCGUGAGCAGCUGAAGGACCUCACAAAACAGUAUGACAAGAGUGAAAACGACCUCAAAGCUCUCCAGAGUGUGGGUCAGAUCGUCGGUGAGGUGCUCAAGCAGUUGACUGAAGAGAAAUUUAUCGUCAAAGCAACCAACGGUCCUCGCUACGUAGUUGGGUGUCGUCGUCAGCUAGACAAGAACAAGCUAAAGGGAGGCACCAGGGUGGCUCUCGACAUGACUACCCUGACGAUCAUGCGGCAUUUACCGAGAGAGGUUGACCCUCUAGUGUACAACAUGAGCCACGAAGACCCUGGUGACGUCACAUACUCGGCCAUUGGAGGUCUGCAGGAACAGAUCCGACAACUCAGAGAGGUCAUCGAACUCCCGCUCCUCAAUCCUGAGCUAUUCGUCCGCGUCGGCAUCACGCCGCCCAAGGGCUGUCUCUUGUACGGGCCGCCCGGCACCGGCAAGACGCUACUAGCCAGGGCCGUCGCUUCACAGCUGGACGCCAACUUCCUCAAGGUGGUAUCGUCGGCGAUCGUGGACAAGUACAUCGGCGAGUCGGCGCGGCUCAUCCGCGAGAUGUUCAACUACGCGCGCGACCACCAGCCCUGCAUCAUCUUCAUGGACGAGAUCGACGCCAUCGGUGGCAGACGUUUCUCCGAAGGCACCAGCGCCGACAGAGAGAUCCAGCGAACGCUCAUGGAACUUCUCAACCAAAUGGACGGCUUCGACUCCCUCGGCCAGGUCAAGAUCAUCAUGGCCACCAACCGGCCUGAUACCCUGGAUCCGGCUCUGUUAAGACCUGGUAGAUUGGACAGGAAGAUUGAGAUCCCUCUGCCCAAUGAACAGGCUAGACUGGAAAUCCUGAAGAUCCACGCGCAACCGAUCGCCAAACACGGCGAGAUGGACUAUGAGGCUGUCGUCAAACUGUCCGACACUUUCAACGGCGCUGACUUGAGAAACGUUUGCACUGAGGCUGGUCUCUUCGCUAUACGGGCUGAGAGGGAGUAUAUUAUACAGGAGGAUCUAAUGAAAGCGGUUCGUAAGGUGGCCGAUAACAAGAAACUUGAAAGCAAGCUCGACUACAAGCCCGUCUAAGAAUUUAGUUUAAACUUAACAUUAGGAUAUACUUACUUCCAGUUUUCAAACGUAUGAAAAAUGUUAUUUACUCCGUUUUAUAAUGAUUUGGAACUGGUAACACUGUAAUGAAAAUAAAGAAAUUAAUAUUU